UCUUCAGCAGUGUCUUUUUCUGCUAGUUGGUCCUGAAGACUAAGAGGUCAGGAAGCUGUGGGCUGAGCAAGAGGGUCUCUCACUGAACCUGAGUCCACUGUUUUGGCUAGAUCAGUCAGUCUGCUGAAGAGACUCAGGGAUCCUUCUUCCUCUGGCCCCAAGCUCUGGUGACAUGUCUGGCUUUUUUUAUGUACUGGGAAUCUUAACUCAGGUCCUUAUUAUACCCAGUAAACCAUUUCCCUAGUAUCCCCUUUUACAUUUUUUUUGAAGCAAGGCAUCUUUAAGUCACCCAAGCUAUCCUUGAAUUCACUCUGUAGCCCAAACAGGCCUUGAACUAUUUUUCUUCCCAGCGCUGGGAUUGCACUCUUGUACCGGCAGGCCUGGCGGCAUGAUUUUUUUUUCAAAAGAUGCAUAUUUGGGAUUAUAAAUCAGUACAUGCACCUUGACAUAUGCUGCAAAAAUAAAAUUUAGCAAGGGUAAAAAUCAGUGAUAUUUUGCAUGCCGACUUCUCUGGAGACUGCCUCAAAAUCUUGGUCGCCCGCCCUUAGCUGUGGUGGUCUCAGCCCUGCCCUUUCUGCAGCGGCGACGGGAGGCCGCCAGGUGGCACUGCAGAACAAGGAUCCGGGAGGAGGAGCACGGAGUGGAGCGGCACGUGACUUGGGCUCCGGAGCUAGCGUCACGUGACGGGGCCCGGAAGCGGCUGUCCAGGAGGCUAAAAACCAUGGCUAGGGGUCGGCGCUGAGGCUGCGCGAGGUGGGCUGAGCGGGAGCCAGAGCGGGAGCCCGAGCCGGAGCCGGAGCCAGAGCCCGGGCCGGGCCGGGCCGACCGCCCAUCUCAACAAUCCUGCCUCAGUCUCCCCCAGUGAGCACUGCUGGUUGGAGAUUUUUGCCUUGUGCUGAUGGACCACACACAGUCUCUACCAUGUCCACACAGAGGCUUCGGAACGAAGACUAUCAUGACUACAGUUCCACUGACGUGAGCCCCGAGGAGAGCCCAUCUGAAGGCCUCGGGAGCUUCUCCCCCGGCUCCUACCAGCGCUUAGGAGAGAACAGUAGCAUGACAUGGUUCCAGACCCUGAUCCACCUGCUAAAAGGCAACAUCGGCACCGGGCUGCUGGGGCUGCCUCUAGCAGUGAAGAAUGCAGGCCUCUUGUUGGGCCCUCUCAGCCUGCUGGUGAUUGGCAUCGUGGCUGUGCACUGCAUGGGCAUCCUGGUGAAGUGCGCUCAUCACUUGUGUCGGAGACUGAACAAACCCUUUCUGGACUAUGGGGACACGGUGAUGUAUGGACUAGAAUGCAGCCCCAGCACCUGGAUCCGGAACCACUCCCACUGGGGAAGGCGCAUCGUGGACUUCUUCCUCGUCGUCACUCAGCUGGGUUUCUGCUGCGUCUACUUUGUGUUUCUGGCAGACAACUUUAAACAGGUGAUAGAGGCAGCCAACGGGACCACCACCAACUGCAACAACAAUGAGACCGUGAUCCUAACGCCCACCAUGGACUCUCGACUCUACAUGCUCACUUUCCUGCCCUUCCUGGUGCUGCUGUCUUUCAUCAGGAACUUGCGUAUCUUGUCCAUCUUCUCCCUGCUGGCCAACAUCAGCAUGUUCGUCAGCCUUAUCAUGAUAUACCAGUUCAUUGUCCAGAGGAUCCCAGACCCCAGCCACCUCCCCUUGGUGGCUCCAUGGAAGACCUACCCUCUGUUCUUUGGCACAGCGAUUUUUGCUUUCGAAGGCAUUGGAGUGGUGCUACCCCUUGAGAACAAAAUGAAGGACUCACAGAAAUUUCCACUGAUCCUGUAUUUGGGGAUGGCUAUCAUCACUGUGCUCUACAUCAGCCUGGGGAGCCUGGGGUACCUGCAGUUUGGAGCUGAUAUCAAGGGCAGCAUCACACUCAACCUGCCCAACUGCUGGUUGUACCAGUCGGUGAAGCUGCUGUACUCCAUAGGCAUCUUCUUCACGUAUGCGCUCCAGUUUUAUGUCGCAGCUGAGAUCAUCAUCCCAGCCAUUGUGUCCCGAGUGCCUGAACGUUUCGAGCUGGUGGUGGACCUCAGUGCUCGCACUGCCAUGGUCUGUGUGACAUGUGUUCUGGCCGUCCUCAUCCCCCGCCUGGACCUGGUCAUCUCCCUGGUGGGCUCUGUGAGCAGCAGCGCCCUGGCCCUCAUCAUCCCACCCCUGCUGGAGGUGACCACCUACUAUGGAGAGGGCAUUAGUCCCCUGACCAUCACCAAGGAUGCCCUCAUCAGCAUCCUAGGCUUCGUGGGCUUCGUGGUGGGGACCUAUGAGUCUCUGUGGGAGCUAAUCCAGCCAAGCCAUAGCGACUCCUCUACCAAUUCCACCAGUGCCUUCAUAUAAGGAUCUGGGUGUGCUCCCUUUACCUGCCCAGCCCUACCCUGUGUGUCUCCCAGUAGUGUCCCACAUCCUUAGGUGUGGCUCAGCCUCUGGAAAAAGGCAGGGUUACUGCCUGGGCACUCCUCUGGCAUUGGACCCUUGGGUAACCUGGGCUACAUGAGACAGAUGAGGGGAGGGCAGGGAGCACCCUCCACUUGUGAUGGUGCAGUCACUGCUCCCCUUUAUCAUGCCUCCUCCUUCAGCACCACCCCAACCCCGUCUGACCUUCCACGCCUAAAUUAUUCCCCUUGCACAGCUCACUUUAUUUAAAAGGUAGUCUCCUGCUCCCAAUGUCUUGAUUCCUUUAGCUCUUAAAGAGAAUGAGAUGCUGCCCAGACUGGAGGUAUUUAUUAGUGUAUUUAAGCUUAGGUUUCAGGCUCUGACUUCAGACCUGCCGUCUCCGUGAUUUCUUCUCCUUCAGCAACUUGCACUUGGCUCCUCCUGCCACAAAGAAACCUGACCCAGGGGACGAUGGAUAUGCCCUCCGCCCUCAUGGCUGAGUGGCCUAGAGGCCAUUUUGUUGUUUGUUUUGUUUUGUUUGUUUUUGUGUUUCAAGACAGGGUCUCACAUCACCAAAGUUGGCUUUGAGCUUGCUUGCUAUGUAGUCAAGGAUGAUGAUGAACUCUCGGUCUGCCUGUCUCUCUCUGCCUCAAGUACUGAGAUUGCUAGCAUAAGCUGCCACACCCAGCUGGCUCAGAGACCUCAAGCAGAUCACGUGAGCAUGCAGCACCUGUGGAAGGCCUAUGCAUGUGUGGACUUCAUGCAUGAGAUUGACGCCCUAUGGGCCCUCAGAAGUUCUGUGGCAUGCAAAGCUAAGGACGGGGUGCAGGUUCCUCUUCCUAGACAUUACGCACAAGGGUCAUUGUUUACAGUUUCUGGGGAGAGAGCAGAAGCCCUGCCUUGCCCCAAGCUGCCUCUGUAUCCUGGGCUUCCAAGGAACCACUAAACACUAACUGUAACCCCGUCCCUGUCCCUACUAUGCCUCCCACAGAGUCACCUGGCUUCUAGGUCAGCCACCUUAGGGUGUGCCUUUAGAGGCCACUGAGAGAGUCUGUGGCUUGCCACUGCUCCCGUUGGUGUCAGGACUUCCAAAGGACAGUGGUUAGCUCCCCAUCUCUGAGUUGUGUGUCUGUGAUUGUGCACACAUGUGUGCAUGCACACGUAUGCACAUGACAGGGUGGUUUAUGUCUCCUCCACUCUGGUUACCAGGCCCUUACCUAGAGAGAGCAUUCACCUUGAACCUUGAGUUAGAGAAAGAAGCAAGAACUUAUCAGGGUCUUGCUUUUGUAUUUGAUAGAAACUAGAAACUGGCCCAAUCUUGCAGCCAAACCCUUUCCUGCUGUCCUGUUGAUCAUCUCUUGAGUGACUUCCAGGUCAAGGGAUAGGAAAGAUAGUGUCUGGCUACAGCAGCAGCUGGCCUUAGCAGUUUGGUAGGAAGGGUCAUUGCUGUCUUGGUCCCGAGGAGAGCAAUGCUGUUUUCCCUUUCUUUUUUUUUUUUUUUUUUUUUUCUUUUUUUUCGGGGCUGGGGACCGAACCCAGGGCCUUGAGCUUGCUAGGCAAGCGCUCUACCGCUGAACUAAAUCCCCAACCCCUGUUUUCCCUUUCUUACAUUAGCACCCCCCACACCCCCCCUCUCCCGGUGCUUAUGUGGCUGGGUGCCAGCUGGGAUUCACAGGCGCCUUGCUUUCUGAAGUCUCAGGAUGGAAAAUGACCAAAGUAGGUUCAGAUGCUGGCCAGCAGCCCAACUGUGGGCCAGGCUCUCUCCUAGAGGCCACCGGAGCGUGGCUUCCUGGGUUGGAGGAAAGUAUAUUCAGAACUGUUAGAGGCACUCCUGUCCAGGUCUAGACCCAGUGUCUAAGGCCAGCUAUCCCUUCAGUACUCCUGGCCUGACAUUUCGUGGAGUGCCUUCUGUAGCAUUUGACUAAUGGCAGCUUCCUUGGUACCUUUGUAUGGCCUACAUCUUUUGACCUCUUGCUGUGGUCCUGGGGCACUGUCAAUUUGGUGACUUGACUCUUUGAGCAAGAUCAGGGCCUUUCUGGAUGGACACCAGGAAGCUGCUAAGCACAUAGUGCCAGGUGCCCGCACACAGCAGCCCUGAGUCAGAACCCUCCUGGCCCCUACCACUGUCAGGCCGGAGCCAGAUGGCCCCUGCCGAGAAAACACAGAUAAAUGGGAGCUUGGACGGAAUGAGAUAGACAAAGCUUGUGGAAACUAAGCUUGAAUCCAGGUGCCCAGGGGCAGACAUGCCCUCUCCUUGCUAGCCCGGUGCUUGUCUGUACUCAAAGUUUAUCUCCAGAAACCCGUUAUCCCAGACUUGAAUGUGAGCACUUGCUGGGAAGCAUAUGCUCCAGCCUGGGCAACCCACACAUGCCCUUAGCUGUGGUAUCACUUGUGCUGCUGUCUGGGUCGGGAGAGGUACAAGUUAGCUUAGGCCCACCCAUCUCACCUCCUUAGCCACACCUACAGGCAGGUGCUCCCUGCCUGCUCUCCCCCCUCCCUCUGGAAGUCUUGGGUUAAGUGUGAUCAGUGGUCUGAAGGUAGAUCCCAGAGCUCCCUCAUCCUCAGAGGUCUCCCUCCCUUCAGUGUCCGCUCUUUGGACACCAUUGUUUCACCUGAUCCUUCAGGAAGUGCAGAGCUCAGAUCAUGUUUACAGCAUUCACUUUCCCCUUCCAUGCCGAGGGCUCUGGACCCGGGUUUGCUUUCCCUACUGGCCAGCCCCAGCCACUACUCUCACUGGGAUACUGAGACUUUCUGGGGCCUGAUACAGGAACCAGACAGAGUGGUAAGACGUGGCGAUCAGGAGGGUGGCGCCAAGUUGGCCUGAGAAUUUAAUUUUCCAAAGUACAUUACAAAUCAGAUGCCAUUAAGGGAAAGCAGGCCACGUGGCUCAGUUUUUGAAACUGUGGUCAAUACUUGAAGGCACUUUAGUCCUGCUGGCUGUGCCAGCUUCUUUUUCUGUGUAUCCCGAGUCAUUCCCUGGUCAGAGACGUUAAACCGUGCUCAUAAGCAGUUCUUCAGAAAAAAAGAAGCAGAAAAAGAGGCUGGAAGGAACCUGGUGUUUGCCCUGUUCUUUGGUUUAAAUCAAGCUGAUGUUGAAGCUGUAUUUUUUUUAUUAACAAUAAAACUCAUGUCUGUAUAGUAGAACCGUCAGUAGCUGUGUGAAUCAAGGAACGAGAGGACGUGCAGAAUCUUAACAGCCAGACAGUACUGUGUGCUGUGUGCCUAGGUUGUGCAUUGCACACAUAUGUGCAUUGCACACAUGAAUCAUGUCAGAGCUUCUAGGUCUCAUUUGGGUUGCACAUAUGGAUCUUGUGUAAACUUUCCACGUCAAUAAAUGAAUUUUAUUUUUUAUUUUUGA